AUGUAUGAUGGCGCAGCUGAUGCGGCUGCGAGGCUGUAUGCUGACCCUCCUCGCCCCUCACGGGCCAAGCAGCAGAAGCAUGUCACAUUUGAACUUCUCCUGCCCGAAGGCCAGAACCGCGAGAACCGCGCUCGUCUCCCCAUGCGCGUUAUGAUCUCCCCCCAUGACACGACAGACUCUAUCAUCACAACGGUGCGCAACUUUUAUGGCCUGUACGAGGGUCCCGGUGUCAGCUUCCAAGACAAGGAAGGCCGCAUUCUCAUUGCGACCUUCGAGAACUUCGAGCACAACAUGGUCGUCUACGUACGUAUGACUGCUCCCGACCCGGCUGUGGCCGCUGCUACCAGCCAGGUACGCUCAGCUACGACAUCGCCUCGCAAGCCCAAGCUGGCUGCACCAAUUGAUAUGCGUCCGCCAUCGCGAAACUCCCGUCCCGCCUCGCGCGCUGCCCCUGGCCGUAGCGUCUCCCCUCAAUCGAAUCGCAGCCAUCGCAGCAUGUCCAAGCCGCACUCUCGCAGUGGCUUCCGACCCAAAGAGGAGAAGAGCUUGUAUGACGACAUGUAUGCUGGAGACACUGAUUACGACAGUGACGGCGCUCACAGCCGCCGUUCCAAGAUCGAGCCCCACGCCAGCGCUGAGAUUAGCGUUGAGAACAUAGUCGAGGGUGGCAGGAGAAAGCGGGCUAAGUUUGACAGCUCGGAACUCCCUCUGUUCGUCCCUCCUCAGGUGCCAGCCACCAAUUCAAUCUCAUCUGUAUCGCCCCAGCGACGUCCUGCUGCUAAUGGCGACAUUGUCGCGUCCCCCUUCUCGUGGUCCAACCAGCGCAACAUCACCUACCAGCAGCCUCUCCCAUCACCUCAGAGCUAUACUGGCUAUUAUAGCAACACUCACACUCCUUACAAUAACCCAUUCCGCAGCCGCGCUGUACCUACCUUCCAGCCCCGCUCGUCUGUGGGUGGAGGUGUCAUUCUGCCCACUCCUGAGCCCACAAAUGCAAGCGUCAUCUCAGAUGAAGAUGUCGCCUUGCAGCUCAUGCGCCUUGGCGAUGCAUCAAACUUCUCCCACGGUCGUACUUCCACAUCUACAAUGGAUGAUGGUCUAAGUGGCAAGGCAGACGCUGCUUCAUCGGCUGGAGACGAGAGCGAAGUCAUUGAUGAUGAAGCUGCUGCGCCUCAGCAGCCCACUUCGCACGUCGCUGGACCGCGCAGAAAGAAGCAGCGCGUGCUGGAAGAAACCCUUCCUAGCACCGAUAGCGUUCACUCUAGUGAUGACUACUCCGAGGCAGAUAGUGACGUUCCCGAGUAUGACGAGAACGGCGUUCACAUCGCUCGUGCUAUGUCCAAGGCUAAGGGCAUGCCUAGCAUGCAGUCUCAUGGCAGCGUUGCCUCUGUUAAUGGCUCUACCAAGUCUAGCAAGAGCCGUCUCCCUGGCCUACCAAAGUCCAAGCCAAAGUCGAACUCGACCUCGGCUUCAGCAAAGAUCCCUAUGUCGCCAGCAUCCCUUCCGUCGCAGUCCCGUAAGACGUCGGCUGCUUCGACGAUCAACUUCCAGCAUCAGCUCGGGAUUGACGAGGAGGACUUGUCUACUAAGCCUCGUUGCCAGAGGUGCCGUAAAAGUAAGAAGGGCUGCGACCGUCAGCGACCCUGCGGACGCUGCAAGGACGCUGGCAUCGGUAUCGAGGGCUGCGUCAGCGAGGAUGAGGGCAACGGUCGCAAAGGGCGCUAUGGCCGUCACAUGGGUGUGCCCGUCAAGAAGUCUGACCUCGCAUACGAUGCUUAUGACGCUAUCCCUAUCGUCGCUGCUGGCGGCGCUGGAGAUUUCCUCGCGCCCGCCCUUCCUGACAAGAACAAGAAGAGGAAGCGAUGA